GUUGUCUGAACAUCUGUAGGAUAGGCGUUGCCACACAGUCAGCAACACAACACAGUAGUAGCAUAUUUUGUUAAAAAGCUGAUAUUUUUUUUGUACAAAAAAAUUGUGAUUUUAACGCAAUUUUUUUUUAUACGCAAAAAUCUUCAAUAGUCAGUAAUCGGAACAACAAGAUGCAGGACCUUAUUCACGCGACGCAGAAACAAAAAUCGGGCUUAGGGGAUGGCCCGGAUGCCAAACGCGCGAUAAUAAUUCUAGGUGAAGAAGAAGAUGAGCAACAAGGGCAGGAUUCAGGAUUGGAUAAAGAUAUGAGUGAUAUUCAGCAGGAAUGCAUACAGCUAGAUGUAUGCAAAGACCCGGAUUGUGAUAGCCUACAAGCUGACCACGGCAGCUUGUCGCCCAGUAACCAUGUAGCUCCCUACACUGGAAGCGGAUGUGCGCCCUCAUUGGAGUCCUUUAUGUUCCAACAGACACCGGCUGGCAGUCAGCUCUGCUCCUGGAUGACACAAACGGAAUCUCGUACCUCGGCCAACGAUCCGUCAACGUUGUCCGAAGCCGACAAGGAUAACAAAACGGUUGCGCAAUCUGCGAAACUAAAUCGCAAAGAACAGACCAAUUUGCGGCGUCAGAAUGCAUUGCGUGCACUUGCACUGGAACGUGAGCUGGCUACUAAAUCGGCACAGACACCGACGUUGCUAAUACGCUUUCCCGAUCCCAAAAUAAACGUCUCAUCCGUCAGCGAAUACUCGCAGGCUAUUAGGGAUGUGGUGUUUCCGGCCAACGUGACGCAGCGCUAUUGCCUGGUGCAUCUUAAGCCGGGUUGCAAUGUCGAGCAGACCAUACAGGAGAUAAAACGUGUGCGUUUUGGCCAAGGUCAUCUACACGCUGAGAUUAAGACGUUUACCGACGAGGAGCAGGCCGAGUGCAUUGAUCCCUGCUCACUGUACGUGAGCAAUAUACCCUUCACCAUGAAUGCCGCUGAUAUAAAAGCAUUUGUGAAUUCAAUGCGUGUUGAUAUUGGCGUUAUGAAACGCCAGAAACGCGCACGUUACGCAUUUGUACGCUACGCCAACGCUGAGACGGCAAUGGAGGCCUUUAAGGAUCUGGUGCGCAGGACCGUUAACAACCGCGUGCUCACCGUGCGCUACAGACGUCAACGCAAGCGCCUUGCACAGCCAACUCCCUCGUCGCUGUGCGGCAUCUCGAAUCUCACAAUCGACACAAUUCCAUCGGACGACGAUGCUGCUGAAUGCCGGGUCAUUUCACCACCGCCAGUGGAGUCGAUUACCAUCAUUGACAGCGAUGACAACUGCUCCGACACGAGCCCAAGCAGAGUUCCACACAAGAAGAAGAAACAUGACAGCAAAUUGAGCGCCAACGAUAAAGAAAUUCAAAAGCUAAAGCGUCAAAUGGCUGAACAUGAAGCUAUUAUAAAGAGCUUACAAAAGAGGCAGAACAGCAUAGUUACCAGUACCAAAGUGGAGCCACAAUCGGAACGAACCACAGACAAGUCUUCAUUGAUGCAACGCUCACUCUCACCCUGUUCCAGCUACGAUAUCAAAAUGGAGAAUGAAUAUUUGGGCAUUGCUCAGAGUACGCCUGAGCCGGAACCCGAGUCCUUGCCCGAAACCGAUAACCAGUUGAAUACACCCUACAGGCCAACAACUUGUGCAAUUGACGGCCUUGAGGAUCCAAUCAAGUCAUCCGAUUGUUUUGGCUGGUUGAUUUCAGGUCUCGGACGUCGCAAGAGUACAAAAUCUACAACGCACUCGAUCAAUAUAAAUUCAGGAAAGAAAAGUCCAAAAGACGACAACGUGGAAGGGCUUUAUGCGCAGCUAGAGAAGGAUUUAGAUGCUUAAGAUAGGAGUUUUGUAUACAGCAAUAUGUUGCUCCUCAAAAUUUCGCGUAUGAAGCUUCUAAGGUGUUUUUUUUUAGUAUUUAUUUUUAUUUCAUUUUUUUCGAUCACUUUUUCACAA